AUGGUUUGGGAUGAUGUCUUUGAAGUUGAGAAGUCAAAACCUCCAAAGAGGAGCUGUCUCUCAAAAGCUUCACAAGCAAAGAGGAAGAGAGGCAGCAGUGAUGCAGGGGGUCCAGCAAAAAAGAAAGAGGCCAAGGCAACUGCUAAGGCUGAAAACCUCAAGGGAGUGAAGGAAGAAGACGUCGGCGAUGGAGAAGACCUCAGGGACUUUGCCAGUGACCUGAAAAAGAUGAAGCAGCCUAAGAGGGAGUCACCUGUGAAUACAGGCAGCGAGGAAGAAGAUGACCAGGAAAGCGAAGAGGAUUGGGAGGAGGUCGAAGAACUUGGUGAGCCUGUGCUAGGGGACAUGGGAGAAAAUUCAUCCUUCUGUCAAUCUCUUCUGCCUGUGAAGCCAGUGGAGAUAGAAAUCGAAACACCAGAGCAAGUGAAAACAAGAGAAAGAAGUGAGAAGAUAAAAAUGGAGUUUGAGACAUACCUCCGGAGAAUGAUGAAGCGUUUCAGCAAGGAAGUCCACGAGAACACACACAAGGUUCACUUGUUGUGCCUGCUGGCGAAUGGAUUCUAUCGAAACAGCAUCUGUCAGCAGGUCGAUCUGCUGGCUAUUGGCCUCUCCAUCAUCCCAGUUCGCUUUACCCGGGUGCCCCCUGAAGACGUGGACUUGAGCUAUCUUUCAAACCUCAUGAAAUGGUUCAUUGGGACGUUUACAGUGAACGCAGACCUUUCAGUCAGUGAGGGAGACAGCCUGCAGACGACACUGGAAAGGAGGUUUGCAGUCUACUCUGCUCGUGAUGAGGAGGAGUUGGUUCAUAUAUUUCUACUGAUUCUUCGGGCUCUACAGCUGCUCACUCGACUGGUGGUGUCUCUGCAGCCAGUCCCUCUCAAGUUAUCAAUGGCAAAGGCAAAGAAACCCUCUAGCCAGAGAUCCACAGAAGGUUCUAGAGGCACCUCAGAACCCUCUACCCAUACUCCAGAGAGCCAUACUAAGGCAAAGAUCAGCAAAAGAGCCAAACAUGAGGGAACUGGCAAGGCAGGUGCCAGAGGGAAGAGGAGCAAGGCAGCUGCGGGCAGCAAGGACCGGAGAGAGUCCUCCAGUGAGGAAGAGCAGCGUGAGGCCAAAAGAUGCCCACAUGGCCGGGCGCGGCGGGUGGCCUCCAAGGUCUCUUACAAAGAGGACAGUGCAAGCGAUGAGGCUGGCAGCAGCUCUGACUUUGAACUUUCCAGCGGAGAAGACCAGCAGUCCUCCGACGAGGAUCCCAGGCCGGGCUCCAAAAGGCAAAAGAGGGCCCCAGCGCCUCGGAGGACAAAGAAGGGGUCCGAGAGUGAGUCCAGGACCCCGCGGAGAAGCCACCACAAGAAUCUAGGCUUUUCAGCAGCAUCUUCAAGUUCUUCAAGCAGUAAGAGAGGCAAGAAAACUUCCAACGAUGGUGAGGAGGCGGAAGCGGGGAGAGCCGCGGGCGUAGACCAGUGGCUGGAGGUGUUCUGUGAGCAAGAAGGAAAAUGGGUGUGCGUAGAUUGUGUGCAUGGGGUUGUGGGCCAGCCUCUGGUCUGUCACAGAUAUGCCACCAAACCGAUGGCCUAUGUCGUGGGCUUCGACAGCGAUGGCUGCGUCCGUGAUGUCACACAAAGGUAUGACCCAGCCUGGAUGACAGCAACCCGCAAGUGCCGCGUUGAUGCAGAGUGGUGGGCAGAAACCUUGAGACCCUACCAGAGCCCAUUUGUGGAACGGGAGAGGAAAGAGGACCUGGAGUUUCAGGCCAAGCACCUGGACCAGCCUUUGCCCACUGCCAUUGGCACCUAUAAGAACCAUCCUCUCUAUGCCCUGAAGCGACACCUACUGAAAUACGAGGCCAUCUAUCCGGAGACAGCCGCAGUCCUGGGGUAUUGUCGUGGAGAAGCUGUCUACUCUAGGGACUGUGUGCAUACUCUACACUCCAAGGACACGUGGCUGAAACAAGCAAGGGUGGUGCGGCUCGGAGAGGUGCCCUACAAGAUGGUGAAAGGCUAUUCCAACCGGGCGCGGAAGGCCCGGCUCGCUGAGCCCCACCUACAGGACCACAAUGACCUGGGUCUGUUUGGCCACUGGCAGACUGAGGAGUACCAGCCCCCCGUGGCCGUGGAUGGGAAGGUGCCUCGGAAUGAAUUUGGGAAUGUGUACCUCUUCCUGCCCUGCAUGAUGCCCAUCGGCUGUGUUCAGCUGAGGCUGCCCAAUCUGCACCGUGUGGCCCGCAAACUGGACAUCGACUGCGUCCAGGCCAUCACUGGCUUCGAUUUCCAUGGAGGCUACUCCCACCCCAUAACUGAUGGCUACAUCGUCUGUGAGGAGUUCAGAGACGUGCUCCUGGCCGCCUGGGAGAACGAGCAGGCCCUCGCGGAGAAGAAGGAGAAGGAGAAGAGAGAGAAGCGAGCUCUGGGAAACUGGAAGCUGCUGGUCAGAGGACUGCUCAUCAGAGAGAGGCUGAAACUUCGCUAUGGAGCCAAGAGCGAGGUAGUCGCUCCCCACAUGGAUGGGGAAGGCGGGCUCUCUUCUGAUGAAGAGGAGGGGACCAGCUCACAGGCAGAAACGGCCAGAAUCCUGGCUGCCUCCUGGCCUCAAAACCGAGAGGCGGAAGAAGAGGAGCAAAAGCCCAAGUGCCACAGGACAUCCAGAAGGGGGAGGAAAGCGGUUGCUGCCCACCUGUUCCCCUUUGAGAAGCUGUGACCUGAGCCCCGACUCCAGACGCUCCUUCACCAUGAGCCCUGCCAGGCCCGUGCUGUGGGAGCGAGCAGCUGGGGGCCGUGGUGAGCAAGGGCCUGCUGCAGGCUGGUCUGCCUAGCACGGGCUUUCGAAGGUUUUUACCAAAGCCUCCUCUGAGCUACAGAAUACAGCCAUAGGAGACUCCCUGACCCUGAGGGCUUGUCCUUUGGAAAUGUUUUUUUUCUCUCUCAAAACAAAAAUCACUGGGAACUGUGGAUGGAGCUGCAUUUAGGAUGUCCUGAUCCUCCAUCCUUUAGUUCUGAACCACAUUUCUUUGUGCUGCCCAGCGCUGCCUCUUCCUAGUUGGUAGCAGCACAGCUCAGAUCAUGGGAUCUAAUUUUCAGUCAGUUUUAUGAUGGCAGAAGACUAGAGUAAAGAGCUAAACUUAGGAAAGGAAAAAAUAGUGAAUUAAGGAAAUGGAAGUAAAAGUGGAUCAGUGCUAAGCUGCAUAUUUUAUUCACGACUGGAUAAAUUUACAAAGCUCUGAAUCACGCAUUGUAGAUAAUUAGGAGAAAAAAUUUUAUAACAUUUUGAGAAAAAAAAUAAAGCAUUUUUCUAACAA